CCCACACACACACUCUCACAGACUGUUCCUUUUCACUCCUCUUCAGCUCUGUGCUGCUGUCUACUUGCAGUGCAAGCAGCACACACACAGAAUCUAGACAUUCACACACAGGGCUCUACCUUUCUACCAGUCAGUGGCUCUGUCCUAUACCUCUCUCUUUCAUUAUUUGAGUCUCUCCCCCUCUCUCUCUCUCUCUCUCUCUCUCUCUCUGCUGGCAGGUGUUAGGCAGAUAAAACAAUAAAUAACUCUUUGAGGGACAGAGGUGGAAGGGGGGGGGGGAGUCCUCAGGAGAGGUUUUCUUUUACCAGGAGAGCCAUGAGAAGAGAGUGGAAAAAAAGGCAGGAAGACCAAGAAAAGGACUCUACUUUGAGAGAAUGACCGGGCAAUAGCAGUUUUUUUCUGGAAGGCGGUUUGAGGAGGAGUGGAGGCGCAGGGGACUGCACUCUCUCAUCUGGGAGCUGCUGCACUGGCGGCGAGAGGAGGAGGAGGAGUGGAGAGGAAGAGCAGCGGACACCGCGGGGCAGUCAUGGAUACCAGAGCACCCCACCCAGUCCAUCAGAUGACCCAGAAUCCCACACUGCAGCAGAUUAAUGCCCAGCCCAAAGGAAGCUGCCCCCUAUGAGCUCCAAUGCAUCCCACUCGUCAUGCUCCCUGGAUAUGGAUUUCCCCCUCUCCCUGACUUCCAGCCCCACCUCCACACUUUGCACUGCAGAGGGCAGAGCCCCAACAUGUGGAUCCCGGGCUCACCCGAGUCCCAGGCUUUGAGCGAGGCCCGGAAAGACAGGCCCUUUCCACGACAGCCCCUUCACCACGUCGCUGUGUGCAAGCUGGAGACGCUGACUUUCACGGAGCUGCCCCAGUCCCCCCUCAACGGCCUGAGCCCCUCCCCUUCCCUCUCCCCAAACAGACGCUCUCUGACCCCCUCACCGGAGCGAGGGGGCGGUGCUGGUCUUAGCCCCCCCGUGGCCCUGGACAUAGAGAGGUCUCCGGAGCAGAGCAAGGAGUCGGGCGUCCCCGCCCCCAGUGGGACAGAUCCCAAACCUGCCGAUAGACGCAGCGAACCGGCCAUCUCAGUGCGGCCUCGUCCCCCUCUGUCGCUCCCUCUCUUCCUCCCCCUGUCCUCGCCCCCAGACAGCAGGGACCAUCCUCACUCCCAGAGGUCCUUCUCCCUGGAUUUAGGCGUCUGUAGUGCCGAGGCCUGCAGCCCACAGAGGCGCACUUCCUACGGGGACAUCAAAGAGAAAUCUAUCAGGCGUAAGAUGCGGGUGUAUUCCCCCGAUAGUCUGAGCGAUGACUCUCUCAGCAGUCCCAGUCCAGAGUGUGAGUAUUUAUUCCCAGGGCCCUUUCUGGAAGAAGGAGAGGAGCUGGGUCUGGUCUCCCACACACUGCCCGCAACACGUUCCCCCUCCCCUCCGGCAGGGGUCCCCAGAGAGCCCCAGCCCCACGCCCUCCCCGGACCGCCGCUUUCCCCUGGGGGUAGGAGGGCGGGGUCGGGGAGCGCGGGCGGCCUGGUGCCGGAGGGCCUCUCACUGGGCAGCCCCCACGCUGGCCCCGGGGACCAGGAGAGGAGACGCUUCUCCGCGUCAGAGCUCAUCUCCAGGCUGCAGCUUUCCCAGAGGAAAAGCUCCUUCGCCCUGAAGCUGGGCAAGUCUCUGUCCGCACGCGUGGCCCCCAGGGACCGGCAGGGCCCCCACAGCCACAGCCCCAGCAAUAAAUCCAGCUCCAGAGAUGGCAGCUCAGGGGCGUCGAGUGACAGCGGACCCCACAGCCCCACGGGGCCCAGUCCGCCCGGUCUGCUGUCGCCCCCUGCUGACGGAACAGCAGCACUGCACAAGGGGAGCGGCGGGCUCAGCUCAAGGGCGGACUCCAUAGAGGAGGACACCAGCUCCUCCGCUGCUCUCGGCUGCAGCAAACGCUUGUCCCGGUUCCUGCCCAGCCUGAUACUGUACCAGGAGUACAGUGAUGUGGCCAUCAACAGGGAGAUUCAGCGGCAGCAGGGGGUGGAGCCAGGCUCUGAAGAUGAGCCACUUGGGAACGGCGAGGUGGGGGGAGCCACACCCCCUGAAAACCUCUCUCCAACCAGCUCGUUCCGCUCAUCGCGGGGCUCCGCCUUCUCGCUGUGGCAGGACAUCCCCGACGUGCGCAACAGUGGCACCCUGGACUCCUUCAGCAACGAGGAGAGGAAGCUGCAGGAGGCUAAAUUUGAGCUGGUGACCUCAGAGGCCUCGUACAUACGCAGCCUGGCCAUUGCGGUGGACCACUUCAUGCUGUCCCGGGACCUGAGCGAGUGCCUGGGGGCCAAGGAGAGGCAGUGGCUGUUCUCAAAACUGCCCGACGUGAAGGAUGUCAGCGAGAGAUUCCUGCAGGACCUGGAGCAGCGCUUGGAGGAGGACAUACUGCGCUUUGACGUGUGCGACAUCGUGCUGGCACACUGCCCUGCCCUCCGCAGGGUCUACCUCCCCUAUGUCACCAACCAGGCCUACCAGGAGCAGACCUACCAGCGCCUGCUUCAGGAGAACCCCAGGUUUCCUGGAAUUCUGGCUCGCCUGGAGGAAGACCCCAUCUGCCAGCGCCUUCCUCUCACCUCCUUCCUCAUCCUCCCCUUCCAGAGGAUAACCAGGCUAAAGAUGCUGGUGGAGAAUAUCUUGAAGAGGACAACUCCGGGAUCUCGGGAUGAGGACACUGCUACCAAAGCUUUUAAUGAGCUGAAGAAGAUCAUAAAGGAAUGUAAUUCCAGUGUUCAGUCAAUGAAGAGAACUGAAGAACUCAUUCACUUAAAUAAGAAAAUCCACUUUGAGGGCAAGAUUUUCCCCCUGAUUUCUCAGUCUCGGUGGCUGGUGAAACAUGGAGAAUUGCUGGAGGUGGACACACAGACCAUGAGUAUUUCCGGGUCAAAGUUGAAGUUGCCCACUCGGCCUGUCUAUCUGCACCUAUUCAAUGAUCGCCUUCUGCUGUCACGGAAGAAGGACACAUGGAAGUUUGUGGUGUUUGUACACGCCAGGAUAGGGCAGCUGAAGGUGAAGGACCUGAGCCAGAAGCUGCAGGGCAUCUCUGGCUUCAUCUUCCACUUGCAGCUGUGCGACGGGCCACAGCUCAAGCACCAGAUCCUGCUGAAGGCCCGCACGGAGAGUGAGAAGCAGCGCUGGAUCUCUGCCAUGUUUCCCCCGGAUCUGGAGUCCAGUGGAGAGCAGGUCAGGGAGAAUGAUGAUCUCUCCCAGGUUCAGUGCAUCAAGAGCUACCAGGCCGUGGAGCACGAUGAGCUGACUCUGGAGAAGGCCGACAUCCUUCAGGCUCAGACCAUCACAAGCGACGGCUGGGUCGAGGGGAUCCGGUUAUUCGAUGGGGAGAGGGGCUGGUUCCCCAAAUCCUACGUGGAGGAGAUCACGAGUCGGAGCGCUCGACUGCGAAACCUCCGGGAGAACAACCGCAUCAAGAGUGCCACCCAGAAGCUGCAGCAGGAGCUCCUGUAGAGAGGGGAGCUGGCUCUGCUGUGGGGCUCUUUUAUGGGCGCUGGGUCUGCAUGGAUUGAGCUGGAAGGCGGAGCCUCAUCCUGACUGGCUCAUGGACUGCAGUCCUCAUGUUAAGCGUUUAGUCCCAUCUCAAAUUUCAGCACUUUCCAGCAGUUUUCCCCUGUUGUUCCACCCCCACCCAAAGCAUCCAUUUUACGCACAGCAUUCUGAGAGGAUUCCGUCAGAAAUCUCAAUAACUCCAAAGGUGCUCAAAACCUUUUAUUCCGAUUUUUCUGCGCAAAUCUGUUAAAACAGUUGUUAAUUUAAGAAUUUUUUUUACUGCAGCAUUCAUGCAUUCAUUUGAAUAUAGUUGUUGAUCUUGUAUAUAGGCCAUAUUGUAAAUUGCCGUGAAAGUACUGUUUUUUUGUAAGUUAAGGUAUGCUUCAGAGUGCAAUCCCAGGUUCUGAUGAAAAUGUCCCAUUUUAUUCAGGAAAUAUAUUUAAGAUGAAAUGAUGCCACAGCUAUAAGCACGUACAUUCAUUAUUCAGAGAGCACUACAAUGAGACAAAGUUAUGGCAUUGGUAAUGUAAAUAUUGUAGUUUAAUUCAGUGCAGUGGGUCCUUUUGGACCGUUCUUUUCAGUCAGCAAGUAAAUGUUUCUUCCCGACUCAAAAUAAAUGCUGAUAAUUCAUAUCA